CUCUCCCACACUCUGGAUGUGGAAGGGAUUUGGCGCAUGCGCCCCGGGCCCCUCUCCUCGCACACUGAGCCGGGCACACAGAGAGGAGCGGCCGGAACUUCGGCAUCCCCUGGCCGGCUGGGAGUGAGCGCGGUUCGUGGAACUCCUCAACGUUCUGCUGGUGGAUGGAGUGUCACAUUGUAUCACGCGCUGCAUUCCGCUGACCAGGACUCCAGCACAGCAAGUUCUCCCUGACGCUGCCAGUCACAGAGUGUGCCCGGGGGCAGCUCACUGGCAUUGCCAGCUCAGUCAAGAGGUUCCGCGGGUCCGGGGCACCGAGAGGAUUCUUCAUGGACAUGGAUCUCAUGCCUUCCCUGGAUCCCCCCAACCCGUCCGGAUAGAAGAGUUGUAGGAAUCCUCUCUCCUGCAAGGAUUUGACACAUCGUUCUGUGCCUGUGAAUCGGGCUGUGCCUGUGAAUCAGACAUGACAGCCACAGCUGCCCAAAAGUGCCUGAAAAAUGACAAAGUGGAUGAAGCCCAGGCACUGGCUAGAAGCUGUGCAGGAAGACCAGAUUUCAAACCCUGUGAUGGUCUCUCUAUCUGUGCUACCCAUAGCCACGGGAAGUGCUUCAGACUCCACUGGUGCUGCCACCUGGGGUGGUGCCACUGCAAAUAUGUAUAUCAGCCCAUGACUCCUGUAGAACAGCUUCCAAGUACAGAAAUUCCAGCAGAGCCCCAGGACCAGUCAAACACCAUUCAGCUCUCUGUCUCGCUGGCCGAGCAAUUUCUCAAGGUAUCUUCUUCUUUCCAGCCUCCAUAUAUGCCAGAGUCUCCCCGAUACUGCACCAUCUCCGACCUCUUCCUGGAUAAUUAUCAAGUAAAAUGUAUCAAUGGAAAGAUGUGCUACGUACAACGCCAACAGCCACCUCCUCCAUCUCAUCGAGCUAGGCCUGAAAGAGAGCUCCCACAAGAAGUCUACCCACCCAAAGAUUCAGAGGGCCCAAAAAUAGACCACUGCUCAUCCCCUUCUAACUCGGAAGACUCUGGUAUAAAUGCGGUGGGAAUUCCAUACUUAGAAUCAUGUGACGAGGACACAGAGGAAGGGGCAGAGCUGAGCUCAGAAGAAGAUUGCAGUCCAGAUAGUUGUUGGGGGCAGGACAACUGUCCACUAGUAUCACCAUCCAAGACUGACCUGGAGAUCAUAGAGACAAUAGAGACAACAGUUUGAGUCAAUGGCUGUGGAUGGACCAAGGUUAAAGAUCAUAUGUUAAUACAUGUGGGUGAAUUGUGGCUUCUAUUUUGCCAAGGGACAGAGCAAUACAAUCAACACAAUAUUGCACACCGAUCUAUAGCUCUCCAAAAGGCACAAUGUGAUCAAUGUAUAGAUAAACAGUUUUUAAUCUGUUAUAUGGAUAAGUGGCAUCAGUUCAAUGGAUGAUGGUAAAUUAGAAUCUGUGCUUAGUGAAGGUUAUUUUUUUUUUUUAUUUAUUAAGGAAGAUUUUUGGUUGUAUUCAGUGUGUAACCUAGAGCUAUCACAAAUAAGGGGCCUUGUAUGUCCAAUAUGCUGUAAUGAAUAUGAAACAGGCAGUAUUAUAUCACUCACGUGUUGUCAGCCUCUUUAGAGGGAUGUAUCAAUGUUUAUACCACGUCUCACAUACUCCUAUGGAGUACCACACCUUUUUAAGUAGAUCUUUGCCAUAAAAAUAAUCUUACUUUGGUCCAGACCUCUUGUUUCUCACUUUAAGUCCUACAUUAGCAAAUUGUGCUCCGUCUUAAUUGUCAUUCCCCCAUGGAGCCAUCAAUAAGACACGGGUUAAGAUUACAGAAUAAUUAUGCGUGGCUUUGAAAAUUAGGAUAAAGUUGCUCUGAUCAUCAAAACAAUUACAAUUGCUUAUAUAGUUCCAACAUAUUCCACAGCACUGCACUGGGUAGCACAAAAAAAGCAAUUCUAACAAACAUUUUACAUGCGGGAACAGUAGGUCAGCUUUUGUUACAUCACUUAUCCACAAUGGCCUCCUAUCAGUACUAAAGAUUCUGGAUACGUUUGUGUACACUAAAAUGUUGACCAUGCUUUGUUGCAACAAUAAAACCUCUGACAUUCAA